UGGAAUCCUUACACACUUGAAAUUGUCCGACCAGACUGUACUCAUUGAAGCUGCAUAUCACCAAACUAUCGAUCAAAGUGAACCUGUGAAAUAUCCGUUCAGUUUGAAAUGGCAAGGAAAACCGAAGUCCCGUCUGUCUUCUAUGGUGAACCACGCAAGUUUGACUCAACAUUCAGAGGGCCUAUUCAUAACAGAGGCUGCACGGAUGUGCUGUGCUGUGUGCUCUUCAUCAUUGUCAUCCUCGGCUACGUGGCGCUGGGCACUGUGGCCUGGAUUCAUGGAGACCCCAAGAAAGUUAUAUACCCCACUGACAGCUCAGGCCAGUUUUGUGGACAGAAGGGCACUCCCAAUGCAAAGAAAACCAUAUUGUUCUAUUUCAAUAUUCUGAAAUGUGCCAGCCCUGCUGUUUUAAUAAACCUCCAGUGUCCUACUACUCAGAUGUGUGUUCCAAAGUGCCCAGACCGCUUUGCCACCUACACAGACAUGCAGCUCCAAUAUAGAUUCAACAGAAGCCAUUGGGACUAUUACAAGCAAUUUUGCAAGCCAGGAUUUAAUAAUCCCAAAAAGCCUGUGGCAGCAGUCCUGCAUGAUGAGGACUGCCCUUCAGUAAUAGUGCCCAGCAGACCAUUCCUGCACAGAUGCUUCCCAGACUUUAUCACUAGAAAUGGCACGCUAACAGUUGGCAACAAAACAGCCUUCAAAGAUGCACUGGACACAGCACGGAGUGUGACAGAACUUAGAGAUGCAGCCAAUGCUAUUACAGGUAUAUUAGAUGCCAAACAACUGGGCAUGAGAAUUGUGGAGGAUUAUACCAAAUCCUGGUACUGGAUUGUAAUGGGGCUUGUUCUAGCGCUCGUCAUAAGUCUGAUCUUCAUCCUGCUCCUGCGUUUCACUGCUGGCUUCCUCCUUGGAUUCGUCAUCAUCGCUGUCAUUCUGCUUGUGGCCUAUGGAAUCUGGCACUGUUACUGGGAGUUCACACUUCUAAGGGAGAGUCCAGGAGCAGACGUUACAAUCUCACACAUUGGCUUUCAGAGGGACUUCAACAUCUAUCUGCAGCUCAGCCAGACUUGGCUAAUUUUCUUGGUGUCUCUGAGUUUGACUGAAGCUUCCAUAGUUUUGAUUCUGAUCUUCCUAAGAAAGAGAGUACGCAUCGCCAUCGCUUUACUCAAGGAGGGCAGCCGGGCCAUUGGCUACAUAAUGUCCGCCUUGUUCUACCCUGUCAUCACCUUUGUGCUGCUGGCCGUGUGUAUCUCAUACUGGGCUGUGACAGCAGUCUUCCUGGCAUCUUCCGGUGAAGCCGUCUACAAAGUUAUGUCCUCCCAGACCAACUGCAAGUAUGCCAACCUCACCUGCAGUCUAGAAACUUUCAACAGCACCAACAUCACUAAAGAGUGCCCGGGAUCUCAGUGUCUCUUUGCUUUCUAUGGAGGAGAGAGCGUGUAUCACCGCUCCAUCCUGCUCCUGCAGCUUGCCAACCUUCUCAUCUUCCUCUGGCUUGUGAACUUCACACUUGCCCUGGGCCAAUGCACAAUGGCUGGUGCCUUUGCUUCCUACUACUGGGCCAAGAGGAAGCCUGCUGACAUCCCGCCUUGCCCCGUCUUCUCCUCUUUUUCCCGAGCUUUACGGUAUCACACAGGGUCUCUUGCCUUUGGCUCGCUGCUCUUGGCUUUCGUCCAACUCAUUCGGAUUGUUCUAGAAUAUCUGGACCACAAGCUAAAAGGAGCUCACAAUGUCUUUGCACGGUUCCUUCUCUGUUGUCUAAAAUGCUGCUUCUGGUGCCUGGAGCGCUUCAUUCGCUUCAUGAACAGGAAUGCCUACAUCAUGAUCGCCAUCUAUGGAAGGAAUUUCUGUACUUCAGCCCGGGAUGCAUUCUUUCUACUAAUGAGGAAUGUAGUAAGGGUGGCAGUGCUGGACAAGGUUACAGACUUUCUGCUAUUUUUAGGGAAACUUUUAAUAGCAGGGAGUGUGGGUGUUAUUGCCUUCUUUUUCUUCACACACAAGAUAGCCAUCAUUCAAGAAGAAGUUCCUGUCUUGAAUAACUAUUGGGUACCAUUGUUGACGGUUGUGUUUGGCGCCUACUUGAUUGCACAUGGUUUCUUCAGUGUCUAUGCAAUGUGUGUGGACACCCUGCUUCUUUGCUUCUGUGAGGACCUAGAGAGAAAUGACGGCACACCGGCAAAGCCUUUCCUCAUGUCCCCUGGCCUGCAUGGAAUCCUGGGAGGCAUCGAGCAGAGUCCCAAAAAGUCCCGGGCGUAGGCGUCAUGCUCGGACCGCCACAGCCUCACCCUGAGGGAAUAGCUUUAUUCGUCAGUGGUACUGAGCAUGCUGUAACCCUAAUCUCACAGCCACUGCGGACUGCAGCCACCCUGUCACGUACUGUAAUAUGACUCAAAAUGCACUAAAGUUGUGGAGUAUUUGUUUCCUUGCGAGAGGAUACCGAAGGUGCUGUGCACUGUAGUCCUCCUGUAUACCCAGGACAGUGACCUUUCUGGCUCAGAGCCUGCCCGGAUUUGUCAUCCUGACUCUCUUGCUCUUGAACGCUGCCUUAUCGUAUCGCUUCUCCAGAGCCUUGGCAUCAGUGACCAUUUCCAGGACUUUGCGAUGUUGACAAUUGAGAGAUCAUGAGAAGUUGAACCAGAGGUAGAAAUGCAGUUUUUUGAUGGAUGAAAAUGGGCGAGAACAUUAACUUUCAUAAAGGCAUCAUGAGUGACUAGUGGGAACGGAUCAAACCACCAGUCUCAUGCAGUCACUGUAUUUGAACUGUACUUCAACACUCUUUAUGAAUAUGUUAAUACAGUCCUACUAGUAGGUCACUGGGUUGUGUACUCAAGUUAAAUAGGUGCAAACAUGUCCAGCUCAAAAUUACAUUUAAUGGUAGGUACUUAAACAUGACUUACCACAUACUAUAAAUAUCAAAUGUGUAACAGCAUUUAUGUACAUUAUGAUUUUCCAAUCUCAAACUGGAAAGAUGCAUUAGCUCUAAAUUUUGGUGCUAUGAUAGAAAAUUAAAACUGACCAAAUUGGUCAAAUAUUAACACCAUAUCUUCUUUGAUGUACAGAAAGUGUAGGCAUUCUUGUCAGAGCAAGCCGACUUCUCGUAAACUACUACUGGCAUUUUACAACACUUUUUUCCAACUCAUGAUGAAAAUGCCAGGUUUUUAAUUUUGUGCUUCAGAUUAAAUCAACGAGAAAUAUAUAAAACAUUAUAUUCAUGUCUUCCAUCUGAGACCAAAGGGGUUCUUAUGGCCAAUUGGUAUUUCUAGCCAAGACUUCCCAAGAAGUUCUAAGUAGUUUUACAGUAGAAAGAUUCUGCAUUUGUUUGAUUAAGUAAACCCCAGAGAAAAUGUAUGCACCUGAAAUCUUUUGGUGGGGUGACUGUUAUAAUUUUGCCUUACCUCAGAUGAAGGGUCCUCUUUUUCAAAUGAUCACGGUAUAUGUAGACAUGCUGGUAUGAGUGUGUUGUGUAAAUAAGUUUUUUUUGUUUGUUUGUUUUUUUUGGAGACAUUUAAUAUAUGUACAUUCUAUAUAAUCAAUUGUACUGUUUAAUGACUUGAUAAUCACUGUACACCUGAAAUCUGCUUACACAAGGGCUUUCAAAAAUAUUUUUCCCCCCCCAUUUCCAUUAUGUAGAUGUCCUAUAAUUUUGCAGACUGGUGAACAAUGGUGGGUAUAAAACAUGUACUAACAGGCAUCCUUCAGAAUUGGAGAUUUGCGCAGAGCGAUGCCUCGGUGCAGAGAAGAAUUAUUCCCAUCCCACUGCAACUUCAGAACAGAAUUAUCCCUUCUGAAUUUUACUCCGGCUCUGAAAGCUUAAUUUCGCUUUCAUAUUCAUAGAUUUCUUUUCCCCUAGAGCUAUUAAGUUUUUCUGUCUUUUGACUGUGGGGUGGGUGCAGACUGAACUUAGGAAAUUGUUUCAUUUACAAGGAUGUCAAAGCCAUUUUGGUUUAUUUGUACUAGGCAGUGUAAAUGCUACAGUUUAUAUUA